AUGAAUUCCUCAACACAAUCCUCCCUAUUGCUCACUCUAGGCUUGAUCCUCGUCAUCUUUCAAUCAUCAUAUGCCCAUGAAGAUCCAUGCCCACCACCACAACCAACAAAAGGAGGUCUUGGACUAGGAGUUGGAGUUGGUGCUGGUGUCGGCGCUAAAGUAGGACUUGGACAUGAUGAAAAACUCGGCCUAGGAGCUGGUGUUGGAGUUGGUGCUGGAGUUCAAGCAGGACUUGGACAAUACGAAAAACUCGGCCUAGGAGUUGGUGCUGCUGCUGGCGUCGGCGCUAAAGUAGGACUUGGACAUGAUGAAAAACUUGGCCUAGGAGCUGGUGUUGGAGUUGGUGCUGGAGUUCAAGCAGGACUUGGACAACAUGAAAAACUCGGCCUAGGAGCCGGUGUUGGAGUUGGUGCUGGAGUUCAAGCAGGACUUGGACAACACGAAAAAUUCGGCCUAGGAGUUGGUGCUGGUGUUGGUGUCGGCGCUAAAGUAGGACUUGGACAUGAUGAAAAACUCGGCCUAGGAGCUGGUGUUGGAGUUGGUGCUGGAGUUCAAGCAGGACUUGGACAACACGAAAAACUCGGCCUAGGAGUUGGUGCUGGUGUUGGUGUCGGCGCUCAAGUAGGACUUGGACAUGAUGAAAAACUCGGCCUAGGAGCUGGUGUUGGAGUUGGUGCUGGAGUUCAAGCAGGACUUGGACAACACGAAAAACUCGGCUUAGGAGCUGGUGUUGGAGUUGGUGCUGGAGCUCAAGCAGGACUUGGACAGCACGAAAAACUCGGCCUAGGAGUUGGUGCUGCUGCUGGUGUCGGCGCUCAAGUAGGACUUGGACAUGAUGAAAAACUCGGCCUAGGAGCUGGUGUUGGAGUUGGUGCUGGAGUUCAAGCAGGACUUGGACAACACGAAAAACUCGGCCUAGGAGUUGGAGUUGGUGUUGGUGCCGGUGUCGGCGCUCAAGUUGGACUUGGACAACACGAAAAACUCGGCCUUGGAGCUGGUGUUGGAGCUGGUGCUGGUGUUCAAGCAGGACUUGGACAACACGAAAAACUCGGCCUAGGAGUUGGUGUUGGUGCUGGUGUCGGCGCUCAAGUAGGACUUGGACAUGAUGAAAAACUCGGUCUAAGAGCUGAUGUUGGAGUUGGUGCUGGAGUUCAAGUCGGACUUGGACAUGACCAAAAACUCGGCCUAGAAGCUGGUGUUGGAGUUGGUGCUGGAGCUCAAGUAGGACUUGGACAAGAUGGAAAACUCGGCCUAGGAGCUGGUGUUGGUGUUGGUGCUGGAGCUCAAGUAGGACUUGGACAUGACGAAAAGCUCGGCCUAGAAGCGGGUGUUGGUGUUGGUGCUGGAGCUCAAGUCGGACUUGGACAAGAUGAAAAACUCGGCCUAGGAGCUGGUGUUGGAGUUGGUGCUGGAGCUCAAGUCGGACUUGGACAUGACCAAAAACUUGGCCUUGAAGCUGGUGUUGGAGUUGGUGCUGGAGCUCAAGUAGGACUUGGACAUGAUGGAAAACUCGGCCUAGAUGCUGGUGUUGGUGUUGGUGCUGGAGCUCAAGUCGAACUUGGACAUGACGGAAAACUCGGCCUAGGAGCUGGUGUUGGAGUUGGUGCUGGAGCUCAAGUAGGACUUGGACAUGACGAAAAGCUCGGCCUAGGAGCUGGUGUUGGUGUUGGUGCUGGAGCUCAAGUCGAACUUGGACAUGACGAAAAGCUCGGCCUAGGAGCUGGUGUUGGAGUUGGUGCUGGAGCUCAAGUAGGACUUGGACAUGAUGGAAAACUUGGCCUAGGAGCUGGUGUUGGUGUUGGCGCUGGAGCUCAAGUUGGACUUGGACAUGACGGAAAACUCGGUCUAGGUGCUGGUGUUGGAGUUGGUGCUGAAGCUCAAGUAGGACUUGGACAUGAUGGAAAACUUGGCCUAGGAGCUGGUGUUGGUGUUGGCGCUGGAGCUCAAGUUGGACUUGGACAUGAUGGAAAACUCGGUUUAGGUGCUGGUGUUGGAGUUGGUGCUGGAGCUCAAGUCGGACUUGAGCAUGAUGGAAAACUCGGUCUAGGAGCUAGUGUUGGAGUUGGUGCUGAAGCUCAAGCAAGACUUGGACAUGACGAAAAACUCGGCCUAAAAGCUAGUGUUGGAGUUGAUGCUAGAGCUCAAAUAGAACUUGGACACAAUGAAAGUUCCGUCAAUCACAAACCAUCAAGAAGAGACCUUGGUUUAGGAAUUGGAGUUGCAGCCCAUGUAGAGAUUGGAGUUAAAGCACAAGUAAAUGUUGGACAUGAUGGAAAACCCACCGAAACAAAACCAGCAACCGAAAGUGUUGACAAAAAGGCUGUCAAACAAGAACCAGCAACCGGAAGUGUUGAUAAUAAGGCCGUCAAACAAGAACCAGCAACCGCAGUCAAACAAGAACCAACAACCGCUAGUGUUGACAAAAAGGCCGUCAAACAAGAACCAGCAACCGCAGCAACCGCAAGUGUUGACAAAAAGGCCGUCAAACAAGAACCAGCAACCGCAAGUGUUGAUAAUAAGACCGUCAAACAAGAACCAGCAACCGGAGGUCCUGACUCAAGAGUUAAUGCCACCGGAGCGCAAGUAAAACCUGAGCAAGACAAAAAGGUCGUCAAACAAGAACCAGCAGCAAAGGCUUCUGGCGAAAAAGUCGGAGCUGGAGCUCAGGUAGGAGUUGGAGCUGCCAAGAAACCUGUUGACGUUCCCAAAGUUGCUGUGGAAGUUUGCAAGCUAGUUCCUUCAGAGGAAAGGUCCAAGUGCAUGCUAGUCAUGAGACAGAACUCCAAAUUCUUGUCUUGCAAAACUCCCCAAGAUGUCUUAAGGGCUUUGCUUGAGUUGGAAGCCAACAAGACCAAAUACGUGCAUGAGCUACUCAACAAGUUGGCAUUGAAAACCACCGUCGACAACACCAAAGCUGCCGGGGAAGCCACUAAUGCCUGCCAAGUAGCCCUGGCUAAAGAACAUGUUGAUGUCCAAGUUGUUAUCUCUCUUAACUUGGAGGUCGCUUUCAUUAACAAGCUUUCAUAUCUUGUAGCAAGCAACCAAUUAUGAGAGUAACUCACUAACUAGGACAUUCCAAUGGGGGGGAAUUUAUGGGGAGGGAUCCUAUGCUAUUCUUUUCUGCAAUUUUAUUUUGUUUGUGGACAGAGGAAUAAAUGAAUGAAAAAAGAAAUACUUGUAGUAGUAUUUGCUCCUACAUUUUUU